AUGGCGACGUGGCUCUCGAACUACCUAGGCAGUCUCGGACUAGGCAUGGACUUUGAGCCCUACAUCACCGGCGUCCUCUACGACCAGAAUCUCUCCGAGGAGGACAAGUCCGCCACCAUCUACGGAUGUCUCGAGGAGAGCUGCGAUCUGAAAAACAUGAACCUCCAGGACGCCGUAGCUGAGCUGUUUGCUCAGUAUUCCCAAGGAGGUCUCUUCUGGUUAGAAGCUCCUCUGUAUGCAUACCCAAGUUCGGCCCUAGACAUCCAAUAUCCAACAACAUCAUCAACAACAACAACAACAGCUGGCAGCUCGCGCCCUAUCGCAAUUGUACGACCUGCCGAAGAUUUCGAGUCAAGCGAGUCAUCUGCCAGCACAACCGGUGGUCAAGCGAGCCAAGUGGGACCAGAGGGCUGGGCAAGAAUCGACGACGACGAGGAUUCAUCGGCACAGGGACCCAUUACAGUCAGCGGCCAGUUCAAUGGCGCUCCUCGGGAUGCCCUCGACCCAUUCGACGACGACGAGUUCAACCCAUUUGCACCGCCCAGCGCUUCAGAUGCAGAGGUUAUCAACGAAGCACGCAAUAUCUCUUAUCCCCCGCCCAUUUUUUAUUCCACCGAGGAAGACCCUACCGACGACGAGACUGCGUCUCAACUGGACCUGGACCAGGACAUGUCGCCGCUGGAGAUGCUUCAGCUCAUUAUCGGAGACCUCAGUCCUGAGAAGAUCGAGAUGGCGUUCUCGAAGUCAGCAUACGACUUUGAAAACACUUUGGAGUUGCUAAUGGCCGAAAAGACCAAACAACCUGCACCUCCCGUGCCUGUACCUAUGGGCGACGUCCGUUCGACUCUGACCUGCCGGCAUUUCUUGCAAGGAAACUGCUUCCGACGAGACUGCUGGUUCAGCCAUGACCUCGACUCGAUGAUCUGCAAGUUCUGGCUGAAGGGUCAGUGCCUGAAAGGCGACACUUGCGAGUUCAACCACCAUCUGGAGACAAGCAGAAGCUUUGAUUCCCCUGCACCGGUGCCAAAGCAACUGCCACCUGUGAUGGACGACUUUGAUUUCCCAUCGUUGGCUGCCAGCACCUCGACCAAGAGCAAAGCUUCAGCUUGGGGUCGCAAAUCAAACGGAUCAAAGGUCUCGCAGAAAUCCUCCAAAGCCAGCAAGGACACCAAUAACAAGGCCAAGAAUGGCACGAAUGGCGCACUCGGCGACAAGGACACUGUCGACGAAUUGGCGACGGCUCUAGACGAUAAGAUCAAAGUGACAUCCCCUCCGCUUUUGUCCAAACCCUUGAUCUCUUAUUCCGCUACAGCCGCCGCGGCAGCAUCGAGACCGCUUACGCCCAUGCAUAAGUCUGCUACCCAGAGCAGGAGCGUAGGGGAAGAACGCAGGUCAUUCGCUCUGCUGAAGGCGCCUGACACUCUCCCGUGGCUCGAGUCUGGAUCACCCCUUCAGGAGACGUACCUCAAGGCGCGCGCUCAGGCGAUCGAGUAUGCAAAGGCCCGUAACAACUGCUUCGAGAUGGCCAAGGCGGCGUAUAAUCGAAACGACGGCAAGGGAGCGGCCAAGUAUUCGACCCAGGGACGUGAUUACAACGACCUGAUGAUGGCGACACACCGGGAGGCCAGUCGCGAGAUUUUCGAAUCCAGGAACGGAGGCGUGGUCAAGAGCGUCACCCAGGGCGAGACAUGGAUCGAUCUCCAUGGACUGCAUGUGGAUGAGUCAUUGGUCUUUUUGGAUGAGUUUAUGGAGAAGUUGGAGAAGGAGGUUUACACGGGCACGGUGUACAUUGUCACAGGUACUGGCAAUCAUUCUGCCAACCUGCGCGCCAAGCUCAAACCGGCCAUUAUCGACUGGCUAGAGAGUUGGGGAUAUAACUGGAGGGAGAUGACGAUGGAUAAAGUCCACGGCGGUCUCUUGGCUGUCCAGGUCAUCAAAGGGAAGGCAUAA